UGGCCGUUUGCAACAGUUGUUGUGAAAUUCUUAAACACUUUCCUGGAGUCGUCCCUCCAAGGUUUUAAUCCACACCGUAACUGACAUAACUGAGGUCGUGGCAACAUGAGAGGCUUCACUGCUCUGGUCUCCUGUGUGGCAGCCGUGACUUUAUGGGUGGUCACUGCAGAUGCCAAGGAGUUAUCCAUCACCACUAUAAAGCAAGACCCGUACACCAUGAGCAAAGGCUCUGAGCUGGAGGGCUACUGCAUCGAUCUGAUCUCUGAGCUGUCCAAGAAGCUGGGCUUCAACUACAAACUGCACCUGGUCAAGGACAAUCGCUACGGAGCCCUGGACUCCAGCGGCAACUGGAACGGCAUGAUUGGUGAGAUCAUCAGAGGGGAGGCUGACCUGGCUGUGGCCCCACUGACCCUCACUGCUGUCAGAGAGCAGUAUGUGGACAUGACCACCCCCUUCAUGCAAACAGGAAUCGGCUUCAUCCUGCGAAAAGACUUGGCUUUUCAGGAGAGCACCUUCAGCCUGCUGUCACCCUUCUCCACCGACAUGUGGGUCGGCAUCCUCAUCGCGUUCCUGCUGACAGGUCUCUGCAUCUUCCUGGUGGGCAGGAUCAGUCCCACUGAAUGGGCCGAGCCGGACGCAGACGAGCACAGCUUCACACUGCUGCACAGCUUCUGGUACAUCACAGGAGCUCUCACCCUGCAAGGUGCUGGCCCUCACCCUAAAGCCCUGUCUGGCCGUCUGGUCAGCGCCAUCUGGUGGCUCUUUGCUGUGAUGCUGCUGGCCUGCUAUUUUGGCAACUUCAAUGCCAUGCUGCACUCCAACAGCAAACACGUCUCCAUCAAGAGCUUUGAGGACCUCGCCAACCAGGAUGUGAUUGAUUAUGGCACAGUCGAGGCUGGAUCCACCAUGCAGUUCUUUAAGAACUCCAACAACGCUGUGUACCGGCGUAUCUCCCAGCACAUGGAGCGUAAGAAGAGCUACGUGUCCAGCAUGGAGGAAGGUGUUCGCCGCGCCCAAGAGGGAAAUUUUGCCUUCAUCGGUGAAGCAGUGUCCUUGGACUUGGCAGCGGCUCGCUACUGUAAAUUGACCCGAUCGCAGGAAGUCAUCGCUAUGAGGGCCUACUCCAUUGCAGCACCUCUGGGUUCCCCGCUGGUCAAAAACCUAACCGUGGCCAUCCUCCAGCUCAGCGAGUCCGGUGAACUCACGUACCUGCGGGACAAGUGGUGGGCCAGCAGCUGCAUGGGGGACGACGGGGACCACACCUCCGAGGCCCUGCAGCCCAACGACCUGAGGGGCCUCUUCCUCCUCCUCGGCCUAGGACUGAGUGUCGGGCUGCUGCUGGCCCUGCUGGAGCUCGUGUCCAGGGCGCACAACCAAGCUAAGGAUGGCAAGAAGUCGUGCUGCUCGUUGUUGACGGCAGAGCUGAGCCGGAGGUUUGGCAGCGGAGGGGAGAGCGCAGAGCAGGACUGCUCUGAGAAGAGCAAAGCCUAGAGGGAAAGUUUACAUAUUAGCUUUUGAUAAGAUAAGCUGAGAGCCUCCGUCCUGCUCCAUCCAACACACCAGCUUCCUGUGUUUCCGUAGUGACUGCCACGUGUUGUGUGGUCGUCCAGUAUGUUUUGUACUCUUCCAGAAGAACACAUUAUCCACUAGCAGGCAGCUACACAGAUUAGGCCACAAACCAAGGGACGUAGAGCUUCAAACUGCAAAUACUAACCACUCUGAUUUGUUUAUUGUUGAGUGUUUUUGUAUCCUGUCAGAUAUCGAUGUCCCACUCCCGACUAAAACACAUACAUCUCCUAGAGCUAUGAUAGUCUUAUAACAGCUUCUACUUGCUUGUAUUUUCCAAAUAAAUCCCUCGAUAUCCCAAAUGUGCUCAUGAACUAUUUUCCAGAAAUGUAGUAAACAAAACCUCAAAGCUGA